UUAUUGAUCUCGGAGACUUGGUCAUUAGCAAGUAACGGCUCUGGUGGAUGUUGACUUGCCGUACACUAUCCAGGGGGACUUGAAAGAACCAGUCGUCCACUCGAACAAGAAGGCAUUCAGCGGAAAACGAUUGUCUGAAAGAUAACCCCAAGUGAGUUGUUAUUGUAGGACGCGGAUGGUUCAGUCGUCGAUAGGAUGAAGCUAUUUCAUCUGUCGAACAUUUCAAGAAUUCAUCUAUGAUUCGAUUCAGAAGAAAAUAAAUAGCUAGGUGUGGGGCAAUGAACAGCAGUGUCGUGAAGGUGAGUGACCUCCUCUCUCCUGCGUCAGUCUCCCUCGCAGUCGCCAUCUUGAUCUGCGUGUGCCUUGUGGCCUCGGUAGGCAACGUCAUGCUGUUGGUGACGGUGUGGCACACGAAGCGGCUGAGGAGGACGUUGUACAUCCUUCUGACCAACUUCUUCAUCGCCGAUCUCGUGUUCGUCUGCAUCGUCCACCCUCUCAACAUCGCCACCUUCCUUGCAGACGGGCCUCCCUUCGGAUAUGUCGUCUGCUAUUUAAAAACGUACAUCACCUACGGGACCAUCAGCACGUCUGCUUGUAGUCUCACGUCUGUGGCAGUGUACCGACUUCUACAAAUCUGUUACAACCAUAUCUACAUCCGGGUCAUUUCAUGGAAGUGGUUACUAUGUGUGUCCAUUUGUCUAUGGGUGACACCUGUCGCCUUCUGCGCAGGAUUUGGCGGCUCUGUUAACUACGACCCCCUGAAGUAUUCCUGUGCAUACACGAACCCCACGCUGACGUACAUCCUUGUGUGUUGCCUAUACCUCCCCCUGAUAUUCACCGUUGUCUACUGCUACGUCAGAAUCUACCUCUUCACAAAGAAGUCACGUCAGCGGGUGGAAGUCCACUCGAAUCAAGUUCAAACCAAUAUGUCGGCCUCGUCCAUAUUAGCCAAAAAAAGAGAUGACGUCGUCUUCAAGAUGAUGCUUGUGAUAUUCACGGAGAUCCUCUUCUUCUAUGUGUUCCCAGGUGUUCUGAUCUCCUUGUUGAACAUUGUACCGCCUGCAUCUAGACCGGGAGUAACCUUGGCUUCGGUUCUCUUGUUUCGCAUCCGACCCUGUGUCAACUUCACAGUCUGUUUGCUCACGAACAUGGAGUUGCGGCUCGACCUACUGGACUGUCUCAAGUGCGGAAGAAGACUUCAGACUCACUCUCCAAAUAACCAAAGCUAGGUAUCACAACUGUUGUUAAUCCAGUCAAGGGACAUGAACACUAUGAUUUGUAACUGCUCCUUGUGACUACUCCUGACAUUGUCAACGUUUGGUGUUUACGACAUCGUGACGACCGUAUAAUCAUGUGUGUGCAAAGCCUGUUAUAAAUUCCUUGUUGUCUGAAAUAUUAUAUUGUUUUUUUAUUUUAUGAGAGACGUCGUACUACAUCCAAUUGACUUUCCCCCUGAUUUCCUGCAGCGUCACUUAGGCGGGCCAGGAUCCGAAGAUCGCAGACUUACACUGAUUAUGGCCCUUGGUUUAUCAGCACCUACUGUGUACUCGUGGGUUUCACCAAAGUAGUAAACGUCUAAGACCUGUGCCAAUUUGGACUUUCCACCCACAGUAGGCUGACACGCCGUCAUAUCACUGAAGUACUGCUGGACGCGGCUUAUAACCAACCUGAUGAACUGUGUUACUACCAUCACUGUUCCUUAAGAACAAUGCACCUGUACAUAAGUCUGUUGUCGUCAUGAAUGUGGCUUUAUAUUCAUUUCACAUCCAAAGUUUACACCACACAUGGCACCGUCGUCCCAAACUGUGUUACUACCAUCACUCGUUUCUCUUGCUCUGUCCAGGCUCUAGGGUGUGUCACGACCCACUCAAUAUAAACUUGUUUAUUCAUUUUGAGAAUUAUCGUCAUCAUGUUCUCCUAUAUCACCAUUAGAUUAGAUUCGCGAGUGGUAAAGU